GUUUACAACAUCAGUAAGUUAAAAUACAGUACAAACGCGAGCUGAAGAAAAUCAGGCGACAAAAGUAGUCAACUCGGUUUCCAGUUUCCAGAUCGAUGUAACCAGUGAUGCAGUUGCUGCAGUUGUGUUUUCCAAAAUACACAGUUGGAUCACACUGCGGUGGAUUUGCUACGAAAUGACUGGAAAAGAAGCGACAGCCGGAUGCGACGCGGACGCGACGGUGAUUUUCGCCGAGUCUGUGUAUGUCAACAUCGAGCUGCUGAGUGUGGCCACAGUGUGUGGAGCUCUGACCGGAGCUUUAGCCGCUGCUCUCCUCUACGUCUUCUGUCUGAAACCCCUGCUAAUCAACAGACAAGGCUACAAUGCAAGGAGACUGCUUGAACCUGACGAUGGGGAGCAGGACAACAACCACAGUGACUGUAUCAGCAACAGUAGGAAGGAGGUGCCUAGUGGUACCACCAAUGAAAAAGAAAAGAAGCAGCCACCCAUGAACAGUGACGUAGCAGCAUUUGCCUCCAGAGCAAAGGUGGUUUAUCCCAUCAACCAAAAAUACAGACCUUUAGCAGAUGGAGCGUCUAACCCAUCGCUACAUGAGCAGACCAGGUUGCCAACAGUGGCACACGAGGAGUCGUCUUCCUCCACAGGUGAAGACUCUUUGAGCCAAGAGCAGGACAAUGAUGACAGCAGUCACUUCAUCUCCUCCUCACUGGUCCCUAAGAGCCUACAGAACCAGAGCUUCACCCGGGUGUCUCACUACCCUCACACACUGACCCAGGCGGGUUUUGAAGGCAGGAUCAGCCUUUACUGUUUAGCUCUGCAGGACAUUCAGCAGCUUUGUUCUAAGCUACAGGAAGACAAAUACACAAUUUUUCUUCAAAUGCUGAAAAUGAUUUUUAGCAGCAGAUUCCCUAAAGACAAAAGCGAUGCAGACUUCUGCAGGAGAAUUCUUCAAGGGCAGGAAAAGAAAAUAAAUGAGCUUCAGAAACAGCCGUCAUCAGGCCAUAUUGCUGAGAGGAGCAAUGACUCUUCCUGUACAUUGGAGGAGAUCGAGCGAGCUCAGAAGGAUCUCUUUGAAAGCAGUCUUCAUAUGUCCAAAGGUUUUAGCAAACAGUUGGCAGACCUGUUUCACCAUCUCCUGGGAAAGACUAGCGUUUUCUCCCGGGAUGAAGCUCAGGAUGUGAUGCUGUCUCUUGUUCAGAGUCUCGUGUCGGUUGAAAACCACCUGGUGAAGACACAAGAGGCUGAGCUCAGAAGAAUCCAGGAGAAGCUGCUGUGGUGGGAGGAGCUGACGGGACUUCUUCAGUCCCAGCCAGCUGCACUGAAGAGAGAAGUUUGUCUGCGGCUGAGUUUGAUCACCACGACCCUGGAGCAGCUGACUAGUGAUGAUGUCUUGACCUUUAACCACAUGGAGAAGAUACUUUCUGAUGUUCAGGGCAUCCUGGGGAAAAGCUUUCAGCAGUGCACCGAGGAUUGCUCACAGAAGACGAAGGAGCUUGUCAUCGACAGGUGCAAUAAAAUAGAGUCCAAGCGCAAGAAACUGCAGAGGAGCCAGACCAAGGAAAAGAACCGUGUUCUGGAACAGACCCAGGCUCACGCUGACCUCCAGCAGCUCACCAAAGAGUACCAGGAGCUGCUGCUCAGACAUAGGCAGCAGACGUCUGAUCUGGAGCUGCAGCAGGAGAGCAGAGUGGCUGACGCUCUCAGUGACCUUUGGAGGAAACUACGUACUUCCUGGUCAAACAAUUUCAGAGACCAAACCAAGGACAGUUUCUUGGCCUCAGUCUCUGCCCAGUCCAACGUCUCUGCAGAACGCUGUGAGAAGAUGUGGACAGACCUAGAGCAGGAGGUAGAAGUACAACUGCAACAGGUGGAGUGCACAAUCGAGCUGCAACUGAAGAACGUGAGGUCUCAGCUGGACAAGGAUGGACAGAUGUGGACUGAGGAGAUGUCUUUGACACAGUCUUGUCUCAAACAUCUAAGUGAACAACAAUUGAGGAUUCUCACAGACAUGGUGUCCAGACAGAGCUACACUCUCAACAGGGAUGUAGGGCGGCUGGUGGAGAAGAAACAUGAGCACCUGUUGGCUGCAGUGCAGAGGAGUUUUGUGGUCAGACACUUCUGUCUUCACCUGCUGAAGGAGAUGAGGCUGUCCAAGCUGAAGGUGCUCUCUCAGACUGACUUCAGGGCCGUGUUGAUGGAAGAUCCCAGCAAAAGCUCACUCUGUGUCAGUUCAUCACUAAAGAACAGCAGUGCCAGUCUAGCAGAGAAACAUCUGGGCCCAGAGAGUCAACUGGUGAGCCACAGUUUCCAGCAGGAGUUUCUGUCCGAGUUGGAAACAGGAGUGGAGUUGCUUCAGAGCCACGCACAGAUGGUGGUUGGUCACGCCCUCAGUCAAGCUGUCCAGCAGAUGAUGGAGACCACAGCUUCAGAGUCAGGACUCUCUUCAAAAACAAAUGACAACUUAAAGCACCACUUGAUAGAGGCUGUGUCAGAAAGUGUUUACCUGACCAAAGACUCACUCACUGCUCUGGUCCAAAGCUACUAUUCACAUCUACAGGACCUGACCAGGAAUCUCCUGCAGGAACAGCCCAGACUGAACCAGGAGAUAAAUGAGAAGCAGGAGAGCAGCAGUCAGCUGAACAGAGCCCUGCAGAGGGAGCUGCUGAACUGGGGCAAAAAACCUACGUCUGCUGAGUUUCAACAGAGGGUUGAACUUAACAAAAGGAGAGCGUUGGAUCUCUGUGAUGUAAAACAAGAGAAGACGUAUGAGGAGCUGAGGCAGAAGAAAGUGGCCCAGGAUCGAGACAUUGAAAAGGUCAAAGGACAACUUGAGGAGGCUGAAGAGCAAUUCAUAAAUGAUCUGGCAAACUUGGCCCGAGUUUCUAUGCACAGUCCAGAACCAGAACCCAGCGAAGAAGCGAACAAUGCAGGUGAUCAGAGUUCUACAAUACUGGACCUGUUAGCCCUGAACCCAGCUCUGGAUCCUGCCAAGAAUCCAUCGCUGACUCCAACCGUUACAGCUCCAGUGGCUAAAUCCAAGAUAAAAAAGAAAAAAGCACAAAAGUCCCAUCUCAGCUGAGGGUGAUAACAUUGUGAUUUACAUUAAAGUUUACAUUUUAAUCAACCUUUUUUAGCAGGGCUGAUGCAUUAUAUAUAUGUGGGCAAAAUGUUCUGGAACAAUAACAGCUAUAUAAUGUUUAAAUGUGUCGGCUAAAGCUCAUUUGCUUCUGUAAUUGCAGUCAAGUUUAAAUCCUGCCAAUCUGUAAAGUAAUAAAUCUCUUCCAUAU